AUGUCAGAACAACCAAAAGGAUCAACAAAAGUUUAUUACCAUUUGGACGACUCUACUCCCUACAUGUCUGAACUUCAAAUCCCGCCAGACCGAUUGACACUGGGAGAUUUUAAGCGUGCUUUCAACAGGAAAGGCUACAGUUAUUUUUGUAAGGAAUGGGAUCCAAAUUUGAAGAGAGAGGUGAAAGUGGAGAUUGUCAAUGAUCGCCAGCUUCUACGUAAAUCGGUAAAUGGCCUCUUCGAGUUAUUUUUACUCUCUCAACAAAAUUCUUCGCAACCUUUUUCUAAUACGACUACACAUAUGGGCGCAGAUCAAGAGAGUGAUUUGCAAACUUUAAUAAGCAAGAGAGCAGGAGAAAAUUUAGCAGAAAUGUACAAUUCAACAUCGGAAGAUCCUUACAACAGAACUUCUGUAUCCUCUUCUAGCAUUUUUCAAAGAAGGCCUCUUCCUGGUGCUCCUAUGCCUUCUGCUGAAAGCACAGCGGAAAGUGCUGCUGAGAGAACGUUGCUGGUCAAUACUUCUGCAGCAAGACAAAAGCGUCUAAGAAAGCAACGAUAUGUACCUUCAACAAUUUCAUCGGAAUCCGAAAGCACUUAUUCUUUGCCACGAAUCGAAGAAGUCAAGCUACGUUUACAGGAUGCGCCAUUAGGAAUUUCUGUUGCCAGUCAAUGUGGCUCUAUUUUUAUUUAUCACAUUCAACACGGAAGUGCUGCUGAAAGAUGUUGUAGGCUUGAAGUUGGGGAUCAGAUUGUUCAGAUUGAUGAAACUCGUUUUGAAGAUCUUAACGAGAAACAAGCAUUGGAGGUUCUGAAGAAACUGAAUUCUGUUAAAAAGACUAUAACAAUGUACGUCGCAAAACGAGCAAGAACAAAUGGAGGUGAAAGUUCUGAAGACCACAAAUCUGAUCCUCUUAGUUUACUCUGUGAAACUCAACAAUUGGAUAUCAGUCAAUGGGUUGAGUCAACUACAAACAAAAAUUGUGUCGAGCAAGUCCGGCCUUUCGCAGAAAUUCCGCCAGUUUCUCGGGUUGAACGGGGAACCUUACCAAUAGACGGAUCUAAAGUGAAGAAUCAAACCGUUGAUGAAACGAGUGAUGAAGAAAAAGCAGCUUAUUUGGACAGAAGGAAUGGCGUAGGCGCGCGUUUGGUGCCUAUUAUACAUCAGGUUCGUUUUCAUCAACAACAACAACAGCAGCAAAAAGCAGAAGAAAUUAAUAAAAUGCAAAUGAUCAACCUGGAGAAUAAUCCAACAACCUCUUCAUGCCCAAUUAUGCUUGGAACAGUAGAAGAAUCUUCUCCCCAUAACGACUGUCAUCCCCCACUUAUUCAACUCCCAUUACACGCUGCUAUGGACCCAAAAAUAAUUUUGUCUCGAAUGGUUGAAUUUGAUUCUGGAUUGGAAAUUCGAAACAGAAAAUGGCUAAAAAUACCUGUUCCAAUGUCUUUUAUAGGAGAUGAAAUGAUUGAUUGGCUUAUUUCAAAUGUACAAGGAUUUCGAGAUCGAAGACAUGCACGUUCAUUUGCUUCAAAUUUAUUGGCGCAGGGAUUGAUUAAGCAUGUUGUUAAUAUAAGCUCCUUCAAUGAAAAAUGUUAUUAUGUUUUUAAUGAUGAAAUAAUUGCUAAUCGUUUACGUCUUGAGGAAGAACAAAAACAACAACAUUUAAUAAAACAACAAAAACCUGACACUGAUUUCCAAACUGCUUCAAUUAAGAAACCACCUGCUCCAGCACCUGAAAGCAAUACGGAAAUAACGUAGACCUUCAACCUUGUGGUUUUUUAAAAUUUUUUUUCCAAUUUUUUUUCAGUUAUAUGAGUAAUCCACCAGUUACUUCUACCUGUUUGGGAUCUUCUGGAGCUCCUCAAAAUGUUACUAGUAGCCAUCCUCAUCCUACAUUAACUGAUCAACAACAAAGAACUCAAUAUGUUAUUGCUAACAAUCCAAGAU